AUGGAAGAUACCUCCCCCGGGGUGGUACGGGACUCGGCGACAAUCGAACCCCGGACUGCUCCGGGGCUGGACGACGAUACGAAGAACGGCAUGGCAAGACGACUCCCGCAAACGAAGGGAGUCCCGGGCUCUGCGCACAAGGACAUGCAACAAGAGGGCGGGAUACAGGAGCGCCCUGAAGACAGGUUACAGACAGAAGCCAGGAUGCUACCUCCCUCUGACAAGAGGCACGGGCCGGGUGCGCAACCGCGCCCAAAGAAGGCUGAACGAUUGGAGCUCCGGGAGCGAAAGCGACAUUACGGCAACAGACUGACGAAGGAAGAGGGACCCAGCACCGGGGAUGACUCGCGUCGACAAACGGACGGGAGCGAAGACAAGGAAGAGAAUGCAUUGUAUGCAGAACCCUCAAAAGAAAAAAGUUCGUGUCGACAAACUGAACCGAACACCCGCGAGGCUAGUGCGUUGCCUAACGGAGAUUCUCUGGCACAUCGGGGUGCUGCCUCCGUCCUGUCCCGGACCCUGCCUCGGGUCCGGGGCCCAUUGACCACCUUCCCGGAAGUGACGAGUGACGCUGAGGAGCUAGGAGCACCUUCUCGAGACUCAACGAACCCGGUGCUAGGUAGUCCAGACCCGGUUAUGGCGUGUUCGGGGGCCGGGACUGUGAGUGCUAUAACCAUCGGGAGCACCCGGGCUGGGUAUUCGAAUAUGGAAGACCUCCGUCCGGACUCGGAUAUCACUCCGGUAUCCACUGCGGCCCAGAUUGACGCUAUCUCCCGGGGCGAUAUGGCCGAACUUCGCGACUCUCGACAUGUGAAGAACGGCACUACUGGAUCUGGCUCGUCGGGGCGGCGGGUGCGAUCCAGCCAGCACCGGAUAAGCGUGUCGUGUGGGGAGUUACGGCAUGCUACGAUCCUCCUGGCCCUCGCCGGAGCUCGGACUUCAGCGGCGGAGAAUGUCGCGGGGAAUAUUCGGACGUUCCGCGACCAGCCGUGCGUGGCACUCCUUGCACCCCAGCUAAAGCUCGAGCAAACUAUUGCGCUCGUGGCGACCCUCGUUUAUCGCGCCAAUGGCUGGCGGUGGGUCCUCCGUCGUCUGCUGCAAGUGUGCGUCAACGAACAGUUACUUCGCCUGCGACGUCCACCAGGUAUCCCAACAUACACCAACCAGUUCAACACAACGCUGAACAUCCCCACAGCGAUAGAACUCUACCGCUUCACGAUUGAGCAACUUGCCCUUCUCACUGCAAAGGUCCGACUUCCCGAUCCCUUAAUCACACCUGCAGGAUAUAACGUGCGAGGGCUGGAAACCCUGGUCAUGUUGUCUUGCCGCUUUGCAGAGCCGUCGAAGCUACGCACGAUUGCCAACGAGUUCGGGCGUUAA